AUGGAUAUAGGAACUACUAGCAGUAAGUAUUAAGGGAAUUUAUCAUUGCCUUUUUUGCCUCCUUUGAAAAAUAUCAGUCAUAUAGAAUAUAAAGAAUUGGUUUAUAAUAGAGAAGUGCCUCUUUUGAAAAAACUUCAAUAAGAUAGAAUAAAAAGAAAUGGUUUAUAUGGGAUGAGUGAACUAAUUGCUCUCUUUACAAUUAAAAAACAAAUAUUCGCUUAAGACGAAACAAAUACCAGAAACUAAGGGAAUUAAAAAAUAUAAAUAUACAAUACCAGAGAGGAAAUAAGAAAUAAGAAAUUAAGUUUAAUUUGCAAUGAGAACUAAGGCAGGUUGUUAAUCUAAUAAAGUGACAAAAAUAAAUUAAGAUACUUCUAUUUUGUGUCCAAAGAAUUUAGAAAAGUUUAAAAUAUUUUUAUCAGUAGUAUGGGUUAUAAAUUCUUUGCUGUAUGUGAUGAACAUGGAUAAUAUGGUCAUAUGGUUUCCAAUUAGAUUAAAUAAUAAUUGCCAAAACAUCUAGGAUAAUAUUUGAAAGAGUUAGGUUAUAUAGAGAAUCAAAUUUUAAAAGCUUUUGAAAUAACAAACAAAGAAUUAUGUUAUUCAGAAAUUGAUACAAACUUAUCUGGAUCAACAACUUUAUCUUUACUUAUUAUAAAAGAUAUUGUAUAUUAUAAAAUAAAAUAGAUAUACUCUGCAAAUGUUGGUGAUUCUAGAGCUAUUAUGUGUAAAUUUGAUAAUGGAUGGACAGUAACAGAAUUGAGUAGAGAUCAUAAACAAGAUGAUCCAUAAGAAAAAAAAAGGAUUUUGGAUGCAGAUGGAAGAGUUGAAUAAUAAAAGGGUUGUGACUCUAUUGUUAUCAGUAGAUUAUCAUGGAAAUGGGAUAGGACCAUAUAGAGUUUUUUUGUCUUAUAUCUAAGCUCCUGGAUUGACUAUGACUAGGUCUUUCGGUAAUAAAGUUGGUGCUUAAGCUGGAGUUAUUGCUGAACCUGAAAUCUAAUAAUUCUCUAUUAGUGCAUAGGAUCAAUUUAUUAUUAUUGCAUUAGAUGGAGUGUGGGAAUAUAUGAGUAAUGAAGAGGUAAAUAAGGAAUCAAUUAGGUGAUGACUGUUGUGAUUCCAUUUUUGGAAAAAGAUGAACCUGACCAAGAAGCUGAAUGUGUUGUAAUUGAAGCAACUUAAGCAUGGAGAAGAGUAUUAGUUUUAUACUUAUUUGAAGAACAGUUUAGCAAGGGACUAUAUUACUUGUAUAAUUAUAUUCUUAUAAAAAUGAAAAUUAAUUCUAAAAUAUCUCAAAGUAUUAAUGUCUCAAAAUCUAUUCCUUAAUGAAAAUAAUCUUAAUACUGCUAAUGAAAUUGAAUAAUAUAUUAAGACACUUUUACAAUUUCAGAAUACUUGUGAGAAAUCUUCAAAAUAUAUGUGAGCAAAUGCCACUCAAAAAAUAAUUGGUUUCAAGAAGGAGAAAAGAAAUGCAAUAAUCACAUUAUCAAUAAGAAUAAGAAAUUGAAAGAGCUCAUUUUGAAGAAUUUAAUUAAUUCAACUAAUUUUGGGAUGAGAAGAUGUAAAAAUUUACUGAUGAAGCUUCAACUGUAGAGUAUGAAUUAUUAAACAAAAGUUUAUGAGGAAUUAGAAAGAACUCUCCCCUAAAAGCCUAAAGAAUCUUAUGACAUCCUUAAUCUCAAAAAAAGAGAAGAAUAUUUGGCCAAAUAAAAGAAGUAUUCAUUUUUUUUUGUUAUAUUGAGUUUUUGA